CGGUGAAUCGCUCGCAGAUCUCACUGAUGGAUGAUUCCCAGGAAUGGUAGUCAAGCGCAGAUCGGGAGAGAGACUAGUCGAACAUGGCUCUCUCCAGAGGCUUGAGAUGCUGUCAAAGGGUUUUCUCCUGGAUACCUGUCCUUAUAAUAGCCGCCGUGAUGUUGUGGUCAUACUACGCCUACGUAUUUGAGCUAUGUCUUUUUACACUAACCAACACACUGGAGAAAGUGGCCUAUCUACUGGUAUUUCAUGUUUGCUUUGUGAUGUUCUCCUGGACCUACUGGAAGUCCAUUUUUACCCCUCCUGCCUCACCAUGCAAAAAGUUUCAGCUGUCAUACUCGGACAAGCAAAGAUACGAAUUUGAAGAGAGACCAGAUGCUCAGAAACAAAUCCUGGUUGAGAUUGCAAAGAAACUGCCCAUCUUCAGUCGAGCUCAUUCUGGAGCUAUCAGGUUCUGCGACCGCUGCCAGGUUCUGAAGCCUGACCGCUGUCACCACUGCUCGGUUUGUGAAACAUGUGUAUUGAAGAUGGACCAUCACUGUCCCUGGGUGAACAACUGUGUGGGCUUUGCCAACUACAAGUUUUUCCUGCUUUUCCUGGCCUACUCCAUGGUGUAUUGUGUAUUCAUUGCAGCUACAGUCUUUCAGUAUUUCCUUAAAUUCUGGGUGGGGGACUUGCCAAAUGGACCUGCAAAGUUCCAUGUCCUCUUCCUCAUGUUUGUGGCGCUCAUGUUCUUCGUCAGUCUCAUGUUCCUCUUUGGCUACCACUGUUGGUUGGUCUCCAAGAACCGAUCCACUUUAGAGGCUUUCACAGCUCCAGUUUUUGUCAGUGGACCAGACAGAAAUGGCUUUAAUGUUGGCAUACGUAGAAACCUGCAGCAAGUGUUUGGAGAAGAUCGAAGGCUGUGGUUCAUCCCGGUUUUCACUGGCCAAGGGAACGGCCACUACUUCCCCUUGAAGAAUCGCAGUUCUGAGUCCCGCAACCCCUUAUUAGCUAAUGAGGACCUGUGGGAGGAGUCUGAUGAUGGCUCUGAGGGAAGCCUGGUUGAGGACCAUGACCCUUCUGUUACCAUAGAGAUGGAGGAAUAGUAAUGUAAAGUAAGGACAAAAUACACUGGUACAGAGGAUGUAGAUUCAUAUCACACACACUGUGGCAAACGCAUUCCAUAUAAUGUGGACCUUCAGACACUGAACAAAUCCUGAAGGAGGCCAAACGUGUGGAUUAAAAGCUGCAUUAGCAUUGUUAUUGCCACUUGUCCCCAUGUGUUUUACAUAUUGAUGAACAGAUGAACUCAAUGGACAACCAGUAGCGUCACCUCUCCUCUCAGCAGUACAACAGGAUCAGUUUGGUUCAGACCAAAACUUGUCAAAUAUGACCUUGUAUACAAAAAGACGGCUGUAUUUAUUACCAUGGGUAUAUAUAUAUAUAUAUUUCCCUCUGGUUGUUCAUCACAAAGCAAUGGCCUCUGUGGGAUUAUAAAUAAGUGUUAAUUGGGGAGCUUCUGUCUAGCUCUGUACUGCUUUACAUGCCUCUGUGUUAUUGUUGGGUCGUGGGUUUACAGUGUCUGUGCUGGGUGGGUGGGGGGCUCUAACUUAACACCUAUGAUGCUGCAGAGGUCUCUUGUAGUGAUUCAGUUGUCUGGCCUCUACCAGUUUGAGCUUUGCAGAAUAUUAACAUGAUAUCUUACUUUUUUUUUUAAUGCAAAUAUGAGUAUUAUAUUACCUGACUUAACCCCCACCUUAUUAAUAUAUUCAUUUUUGUUUACGAGAAAACUCAUAUUGUGCUUAAGUAGAGAAUCUCAGCAUUAAUAUUAUUUGCUAAAUAUGCCAUUAUUGAUGUCUGAUCAGACUGGUAAGGGUAUUGAAAACUAAACUACUGUAUAUUUGAAGUGUUAAUUCACUGUUACAGCUCAAUAUGUAUUAUGGCAAACGUAAUAUGUUCAAAAUUCUUAAGUGGGGUCCAUAUACCGUGUAUCAUUGCUUAAAUUAUGUUGGAUACAUUGCUCUAAAGAAAUCGAGUGAUGGGUUUGAGCAUACAAAAACAAACUGAUAGACUUUUUUAUUUAAAAACAAUCAUCACAAUCUUUAUACCAUACCAGCCUUCCCUAGUGCAGUAACACUUCUGUGUGGAAGUUAUAGGAAAGUGAAAUUAACUUUCACCAUGGGUACAAAAUAAUUUAUAGGUUCUAUGUCUGCUUGGACUUUUGAUCUCUUGAAACAUGCAGAUAAGUGUACAUAUAUAUAUAUAACGACUGGUCCUCCUCCACUGGUUGGUAGAGGAACGCGAUCUUCUGCAAUGUGAUGUUCCAAAUGGUUUUCUACCUGCGUUAAUGUAUUUUGACAUUUUAAUAGUAAUGGAACAGAUCCUCCUGGUGGAAACUGUUGGUUUAUGGUAUUUAUUGUGUAUUUAUAUUUAGCCAGCAAACUUAGUUAAAAAAACUUCUGUUAGUGAGUACGUCCAUUUUAGUACCAUUCAAAAGUUUGGCCUUUAUCAAACCUUGAUACUGUUUGAUCUUGACACUUUAACUUGCUUCACUACUAUGUUGGGAAAGCCAAAUAAAAUGCUGCUCAUAUCUGAGAAAUUCAUAAUAUAACAUACAUUAUGAGGUACAACUCAUUGUCUGAAAGCAUGUAUAAACUCUAGGAAAGAUGUGGAUGUUGAGUGUUU